AGUACUACAUCCUCUCAUAGUUAACUCCUGACCUUUUUGACACUCUUUCAUCUCAACAAAAUGGGGAUUCGAUUUCUAUCUUUGGUUCCUCAUGCCAAGCAAAUUCUGAAGAUGCAGUCAGGUUUCACCAAAAACCAGUUGGACGUUCCAAAAGGCCAUGUGGCAGUUUACGUGGGAGAGAUCCAAAGGAAGCGGUUCAUGGUUCCAAUAUCUUACCUAAACCAUCCAUCGUUCCAGCAACUUCUCAGCCACGCAGAGGAGAAGUUUGGGUUCCAUCAUCCUCAAGGGGGACUAACAAUUCCUUGCAAAGAAGAUGCCUUCAUCGAUCUCACUUCUAGACUGCAAGUAUCUUGAAGGAUGAACAGCAAUGCUCAAGCUGCAAUUUUUUACAACCUUUUCUGGUUGUUUCUGACUCAAUUGUAUUUUGACCCAUACUAGAAUGUUGUAGAAUGGAAUGCCUUUCUUGACUGUAAAUGAGUGGCAUUGUAAUGGUGCAUUUACCAACAGAAGUGAAUCAAAAGAAAAAACAAAUUUAGCCUCAA